AUGCGAUCCUUCACCACGAUUACAGCCUUGCUGGCUGUYCCUCUGGCCACAGCCCAGCAAGCAACAACAAGUCCAAAGCGCGGCCUCGCACAUGUCGGUGACGAUAUCCAAGCAAGCGAUAACAGACUCUUUGACUCCAGCGACUCGGACCUCACCUGGUACUACAACUGGGCUCCAAACCCCAGCUCCGACCUCAACAAGAACCUCCAAUUUGUUCCAAUGCUAUGGGGUUCCGGCGGUAGCGAGAACUUCUACACCACAGUCAAGAAGAUGAUAGACGACGGAUUAAACAUUACAUGGGUCCUGGGCUUCAACGAGCCUGACGGGUGCUCUGGCGUGUAUGGUGCAAGUUGCUUGGACGCCACAACAGCUGCGGAAAUUUGGAUUGCGCAAAUGGAACCUUUGCGGGAACAUGGCGUCUCGCUUGGAGGUCCUGCCGUCACAAGCGCUCCAGAUGGGUUCAACUGGCUACAAAACUUCUUUACCGCCUGUGCGGGACAAUGCCAUCCCGACUUCCUCCCUAUACACUACUAUGGAGCAUUCCAAGGGCUGGCGGAUCAUAUUGGGCAAGUCAACGCAACAUAUCCAAACAUGACAUCCUUCUGGGUAACGGAAUGGGCGCAGCCCGAUCCGGAAGAUCUUGAGGAUGCCCAGAUGAAUUUCAAUCAGUCGAUUGCCUUUCUCGAUCRGCACGAAUAUGUCGACAAGUAUUCGUACUUUGGCGCCUUCCGAUCAGAUGUGUCUAAUGUCGGGCCCGAUGCGGCUAUGCUCACGCAAAAGGGCGAGCUGACUGAUAUAGGCGCCUGGUAUCUUGGCCAAGCGGCCACGGGCAAUGUUCCCAAGGGCAGUGCCUCUCAAGWCGCACGUUUCGCAGGGUCAUCGUUCUUUGUUAUUGCCAUUGCUUUCUGGUGUCUUGCAUGA